AUGUCCACGGCUGAAGUUGCCGGCAGCCCCGACGAUCCAGAAUCCGAAGGCGAGGUCGUCUGCCUGAAGCUGUGGGCGAACCCAUGGGAUAUAGCAGGGGCUAUGCUCUGCGGAAGAGAUGAGGAUUUGGAAUGGCCAUGCUCUUGUCGGGUUAAUGCUGCGGGCGACGGGCUGCCGGUGCAACACGCCAGACGGAGAGCGUCGCAGCCGACCGGCGCUCGGGAUCGAAGGCAGACGGGCAGUGGAUGGGCGUUCCUCCAAGCUUCAGCCGAGCGCGCCACCUCGGGCCAUCUGAAGGAGCGUGGUGUUGCUGACUGGCGCCUUAAUACCACGCGCCUUGCCCGCCUCUGCUGGGCCUGCAAAGCUGCUGUCUUGGACGACCCACCUCGACGACCGACUCCGCAAAACCACGACGUCGUCUAUCUCAUCUUGCCGCCUUCCACGAGCACGCCGGUGCUCUCGCUCGCAACAAUGGCCGCCAUUUUUCGCGAUUUCUCCUUCGGGCCAGCGUCGCGGCACCCGUCGUCCUUUCAUGAGGCGGAGCGUGCAGCCAUGAAUGUCUCGCCAACCUCGACACCGCUCGCUCCCCCGCUAUAUCCAGCCCGGCUCCCAACACCACCACCAUGCUCAAUAGGCGAGCUGGCCCAGCGAUUCAACCAGCAAAGCUUGCGCGUCGACACCAGCUCUUCCUAUCGGAUACCGACAUUCUACGAACUGCCACUCACACCGCCAAGCGACGACUUUGUUUUUCCCGCUGAUGCACCUCAACAGUCCCCAUAUUCAUUCCCGUCCCCGGUUGCGCUACGGCAGCAACGGCAAGCGAACAUGCGGAUGCAGUGCAGUCCGUCGCACAUCAGGGACAUAUCGAUACUCGUACAAAGGAUGGUCGAGGAAGGCGAUCAGUGCCACAUUUGCGACUCGAAGUCGCGAACAUCACCAUCUCCAUCACCAUUUCCAUCACCACCAUCAUCCAAUUCAUCAAACGCAGACGAGGACGAGGGCGUCGACAUGGAAUACAGCCCUCUGGCGCCCAAGGACUCGCCGCUCUCCACUCUUAAAUUCCGCCGAUCGGGCGACCGCCUCAAUGGGCAAGCCAUGGUGGCGAAGACCGUGAGGAUGCGGAAGAAAUCAAAGGUAAUGAAGAGGUCGUCUAAGUAAUCACUCUCGGCAUUAAAUAGCAUUUGCAUUGGCGUUUGGGUUGCUUGAUCUGGGGGCGCCAUAUACCACUAGGAGGCUGUCGAACGGCCAAUGGCGACAAAAUUGGGCGGUGGGACAGGUAUUUCAAUGGUCACCGGGCCUGACGUAUCGUAUUGCAUAUUAAUGGGUCUGAAUUGGGUUUCGGGUUUUAGAGUGCGCUCCCUGAGUGGGUUGAGCCUGGGGUUGUUUGGGCGCGAUAAGCUUCAGUGCUAUCGUGACCACUAUUCAGUUGCUCCAUUGUAGAUAUGAGCAUCAUGUGCACCAUUUGCAUGUUUAUCAAGCUUAUCGAGCGACGUUGCGUGAC